AUGAGGGUGUGGGCGAAACUCAGACAGGAAUAUAGCAGCGAGCAAGAUCUGAACUCUGCAAUCUCCGCCUUCCUGUCAAAUUGUGAGGAUCACCAACUGUUCCGGUUGACAAGAUUCUACACGGAGCGACUGGAGCAGGCGAUUGAGGCGGGUGUGGAAGGAGUCGGCUUCCUGUUAACACAUGAUCAUCAUUUCAAUGAGCGGGAGUAUCACAGCGUGACUGAGCUCGCGGAGAAGGGAAACCGAGCGGGCGCUUCCAAACUCCUCCUGGAUCUGGUGAUGGAGAAGGGCACCGGAGCCCGGAGGGUGAUGUGGGAAUCCUUUGUGAAACUACACCAUCAUUUACCGAAGCUGAGCAGAAUAUUGAAUGAAAUACGGGAACGUGGUGACGGCCAGUUCGCCUACAUGGACACUGAGCGGGGUUUAUCUGAAGUGCCCGCGCGUCUGAAAGAUGUUCGACAGAAACACAUGGAGACUCUGCGGGAACAAACUGAAAAACUAAGAGUGAACACGAUCCUGAUGAGAGAGAAGGUGAAGGUUUUCCAGCUGGUCGAUCGAUACGCUGAGCUCACGGUCAUUUCCACUGUUCGAGAUCGGACACUGGUGGAACAUGAGCUGCUGGCAAGAGGCAGAGACCACGAGGAGUGGAGACAGAAACAUCUCUGCAAAGACUUGGAGAAACUCCACAUUGCUCAUCUGUUUCAGAAUCGUUACUCACAUAGUUUUCGGGAAGAAAUGAAAAGAACCUCAGGAUGUUCGGCAGCAGUGGCCGGAGUCCCGGGGAUCGGGAAAACAACAAUGGUACAAAAGAUUGUUUAUGACUGGUCCACAGGGAAAAUAUACGAGCAAUUCCAUUUUGUAUUCGUUUUCAAAUUCCGAGAUUUCAACUCCAUUAACUGCAGAAUAAAUCUGAGGGAAUUGAUUCUGGAUCAAUAUCCUUACUUUGGGAAUGUUCUGAGAGAGGUGUGGAAGAACCCAGAGGGCUUAUUGUUUAUUUUUGAUGGUUUAGAUGAAUUCAAACACAGAAUCGAUUUUGCUGACAGUCGGAGAGACACAGAACCCAAGCACCAGUGCCCAGAUCCCGAGUGGUGGUGUGAAGUGUCGGACAUUGUGUACAGUUUAAUCCAACACAAGCUGCUCCCAGGGUGUUCAGUGCUGGUGACCACCCGCCCUACUGCGUUACAUUUAUUGGAAAAGUCAGAGAUCAGCAUCUGGGCUGAAAUCCUGGGAUUUGUUGGUGAGGAACGGAAGGAAUAUUUCAUCAGAUAUUUUGAUGAUCAGACGGUGGCAGAAGCUGUUUUCAAACACGUGAAGGAGAACGAGAUCCUAUACACCAUGAGCUACAACCCCUCCUACUGCUGGAUCCUCGCUCUGGCACUGGGCCCCUUUUUCUCACAAAGAGUCAGUGACCCGCAGCGAGUUCCCAAGAACAUCACCCAACUCUAUUCCUACUAUAUCUACAAUAUCCUGAAAAACCACGGCCGUGAAAUUGAGAACCCCCGUGAAGUGUUACUCAGGGUUGGUCAGAUGGCCUUCAGAGGAGUGUCCGAGAAGAAGAUUGUGUUUACGGGUGAAGAUUUGAUCAACUACAAUCUGCAGCCUUCCCAGUUCCUGUCCGGGUUCCUGAUGGAGCUUUUGGAGAGAGAAAAUUCUGCCCGGAGCGUGGUGUACACAUUCCCACACCUCACCAUCCAAGAGUUUGUAGCUGCAGUCGCACAAUUCCUGACUCUACAUCCCGGCGAUAUACUGAAAUUCCUCACUGAAACCCACAACACGACAGAUGGGCGAUUUCAGGUAUUUCUCCGAUUUGUUGCUGGUCUCUCCUCCCCAAUGACAGCUCGGGGCCUGGAGGAGUUUCUGGGUCCAUUUCUUCAUCAAACAACCUGCCGGGUGAUUGACUGGGUGAAAGAGGAAGUUAAACGCCAGAUUGGAAAAGCAAGGAGUGAAGCUGGUAAAAGGAGCCUCCUGAACACAUUGCACUACCUGUUUGAGUCUCAGAAUCGUGGACUGGCUCAGGCUACACUGGGAUCUGUGGAAAAUCUUUCAUUCAGUGAAAUGUCACGGACCCCGAUUGACUGCGCGGUCCUGGCCCAUGUCAUCGGAUUCUGUGAUACAAUAAUAAACCUCGAUCUGGCUGGCAGCCACAUUCAGUGUGAAGGAAUCCAGCGGCUGGGACCCGGGCUGCACAAGUGCCAGGAUUUGAGACUUGGGCGUAAUGAACUGGGAGAUUCUGGGAUGAAACCGGUGUCGGCGGCACUAAAGAACCCGGAGUGUAAAAUAGAGAAACUGCGGCUGGAGAAAGUUGGUCUCACAGAUUCUGGUGCCGAAGAUCUCGCCUCCGCUCUCAGUACAAACCCAUCAAUGUCGGAGCUGUACCUUGGUGAUAAUAAGCUGAGAGCUACCGGAGUUAAACUGAUGUCAGUGGGUUUGAGGAACCCGGAGUGUAAUUUACAGAAACUGCGGCUGGAGAGAGUCGGUCUCACACAAUCUGGUGCCAAGGAUCUAGCCUCCGCUCUCAGUACAAACCCAUCACUGACGGAGUUGCAACUGAGUGAUAAUGAACUGGGUGAUUCAGGAGUGAAACUGGUGUCUGCGGCUCUGAGGAACCCGGGGUGUAAAAUACAGAAACUGGUGCUGGACAAUGUCGGUCUCACAGAUUCUGGUAUCGAGGAUCUCGGCUGCGCUCUCAGUACAAAUUUAUCACUGACGGAGCUGGAUCUAGGAUGGAACUCUCUCACAGAUCGAUCUGUCCCCGGUCUCCGCCGCCUCAUACUGACUCUCCCCAGUCUGGUAUGGAUCCGGCUGGGUGGGAAUCAGUUCAGUGAGACCGGGAGGAAGGAACUGAGAUCUCUGCAGGAACCCAGACCCGGACUAAGAAGGCGCUGUUUCCGCCGGUUAUCCGCUUUCGAGACUCCCUGCGUGAGAUGGAGAAUUACGCGAGGAUGGCGGGUUUCAUUCUGGGACGCCAUUGAUGACAUUAAGAAAACCCUCGACUUUAUCUUUGAAGUGGUGAGCACCCUGAAAUCUGAUGUCGUGCAAAUCAAUGGGCCUUGUACGGACCACGAAAAGAGGCUGUGGUUCGCCGAGGACCUGACUGCAGCUGAUAAGUUUGCCCGACAGAAGCUGUGGCCGAUGGUGGAGGCGACUAGAAAAGAUGGGAAGCGUGCUUUGUUUGCUGGUACUCGAGCUUUCAUUGAUGGAAAAGAGAUCCGAGCAGAACUGUAA